CGUGUAUGUUGCUAAGUACAUACACCAAAAUGCCUAACCAAGAGUCAAGCUAUCACAUCGGAGAUGGACCAGAUACAGAUGCACUUGAAGCAGAUCCCCCUACGAAACCACUGAGUAUCAUCAAGAAUUUUCAAUUAGGAUGGUUCGCGAUGGUGAUGGGGUGGGGUGGCACCGCGCUGGCCUUAAACAUUCUUCCGGGUGUAUCUGACGAUAUACAUACUGUGCUCAACAUAAUCGGAACGGUUAUAUGGGUGUGGGAUCUUAUUUACUGCAUUAUCUUCUCAAGUUUAUUAUUGGCCCGCAUUGUUCUGUAUCCUAAGCCAUACUGGGAGAUGAUGAAGGGCCCCGCACAAUUCUUAUUUUUCGGUUGCAUGCCAAUGGGUGUCGCAGUCGUGGGUAUGGGGUUUGUACCCUUCGGACCCAAUAUUAUGUCCGAAAAGGUCGCAUACGAGAUAGCCUACGUAUUAUUUUACCUUGAUGUCGCUCUCAGCGUGAUCGCCAUGGUACUCCCACCGUUUAUGAUGGUGGUCUAUCAGAAACACACUCCUGAGAAUAUGCAGUCCCUUUGGCUUCUUCCGUUCGUCUCGUGCGUUGUCGCAGCAGCACAAGCGGGCGUUGUCGGGCCCGUAAUGGAAGAUUUGAGCCGACAGCAAGACAUCCUAUUUACAGGUUUUAUUUUGUGGGGAGCUGGAAUACUAACUGCUGCACCAAUUAUAGCUAUUUACAUGUCGCGGUUAGUAUUUUACGGCUUCCCACCUAAUGGGUUGGGCAACUCAGUAUGGGUGAUCCUGGGUCCAAUUGGUCAAGGCUGCAAUGCAAUCGUAAUGUUAGGCCGUAAUGCAGGUCAGUUACAAUGCACAGGCCAUUUCUGUCCGGACAAGACUACUAUUAUGGACACAUGUGCGUGCAGCGGAGCGCUGACACCCUUAGGUGCCUUUGGGUACGUAUUACCAGGUAUCACGCUCAUGACUGGGUGCGUGAUGUGGGGCAUUGGUGUGUGGUGGCUGUUCAUGGCAAGCACGGGCAGUAUAUACCAUGCAAGUAUAGUGGAUAAGGCAAUUAAGAAGGUACACAAUCCCAUUAGUAGGAAUCAGUCGUUCUUGACACCAGAUAACAAAGGAAGGCUUAGCGAGACGACGAUCAAUCAACCACAGCGCCGGCCGAGAGCACUGCCCUUCAACCUGGGUUGGUGGGGAGUAGUUUUCCCCUUCGUCACGCUGAUCAUGGGUACCGGACAGCUAUAUAUCGAUACAGGUUUCGGUUGGUUCAUGUGGUGUGGCCGCAUCUUCACUGUAUGUCUCGUGAUAAUUUCAUUCUACGUGCACAUCAAAACAAUCUCCAAAGCUGUCACUAGACAAUUUUGGGUCAACUUUGGCUAGCUCCAAAGAUGCCAAUUUCGGACAUUUCCAUGAUACUUCUAUAAGAUGCAGGCGCAGAAAAUCUCGAACGCGAGGACCUCCGCCAAAAAUUUAGUUAAAUCAAUUGCGAUAUUGCAAUUGCAGGCUUAUAGCCAAAUACAAUUAGGCAAAUUCUUUACAUAAUACCAAUAAACAGAACUUGUACGGCUGCGCGAUCCUCC